CGAACCACCCAUGCCCAUCUCAAGCCUCAACUGACGGUCACUUUCCAGGCCAAGGUGCGAGGUGGGAAAAUCGUGGCGGAAGCAUCAUCAGUUGAAACUUAACCCACCACUCAGCGCUUUCGACUGGAUUGUUGAGAAGAAGCAUCGACGUUGGGAGAAAGCAUCAAACGUCGCCGCCUCCCGAAUUUAUGGAAAUGUCGACUUCUGUCUGCUGCAUUUGUCCUUCUUCUUCUUCUUAUCCAUGCUCGAAGCUGCCGCUGAGCCGUUCAUGGAUGCUCGCUGGAAGCAAUGGGGGACGGCGGGCUCAACUUCUUAAUCCUCUCUCUACCCUAUGCAUCACCAAUGGCUACGCAAACAGUGCCACCAGCUCCAGCAGUAGCAGCAGUUCUCGAUUCAGCGCCAGAACCGCCAGCCCCAGCAGUGGGAAGAAGCUAUUCAGGAGAAUGGAUUCUUGCUUGGUGAUUCCUCCACAGACUGAAGGCAAAGCGCCGCGCGCAAUUAUCAAAUUCUUGGGCGGUGCGUUCGUCGGAGCAGUUCCGGAGGUCACUUACGGCUAUCUGAUGGAGCAAUUGGCCAAGGAAGGGUUUCUUGUUAUCUCCGUGCCCUACAAUGUCACCUUCGAUCACUCUUCAGCUGCUAACCAAGUCUAUGAAAGGUUCAAUUCUUGCCUGGACUCGUUACUGCAAAAUGGACUGCCUGAUUCCGACCUCACUCCUGCAAACCUCGCCGGCCUUCCACUUUUCUCUGUUGGGCAUAGUAAUGGGGCACUUCUCCAAGGGCUUGUAGGAAGUUAUUUCGCAGAGAGGAUUCCUAAGGCUAAUGUCAUUGUCUCAUUCAACAACAGGCCUGCUACAGAGGCUGUACCAUACUUUGAGCAGUUUGGGCCUCUUGUCAACCAGAUGAUGCCAGUUAUGGAAGCAUCGCCUGUAUAUUCUAUGGCUAGGACUGCCUCAGAUGCUUGGAAGUCUCUACUUGAUAUGGCUGAAGCUAUAGUGCCAGAAAAUAGUCAGGAAGCCCUCGGUGCAUUCACAAAGUUCGUUGAUCAGUUGCCUUCGGUGAUGAAUCAGGUUACUGAAGGGAUAUCCGAAUUCAAGCCAACACCUGCCGAAAAUCGUGAUUGUUUCAAGAACUUGUACAAUGUCCCGCACACAUUACUGGUGAAGUUCGAUUCAGACACAAUUGAUGAGUCGGAUCUCCUUGAGGAAGCGCUGAAGCCUCGGAUUGAGUCCAUGGGUGGGACAAUAGAAAAGAUUCAGUUAAGUGGCACCCAUCUCACUCCAUGCAUCCAGGAACCAAGAUGGGAAGUCGGUGAUGUGUAUACUCCUGCAGACGCCAUUGCUCAAGGACUUAAAAGUCUUUCACUGGGUGAUACCCGAGGCCUGGCUAUAACCAUCAGUAACUGGCUUGCAAGGGUUGAAGACUAGAUGAAGUUGCUCGUCAGAAAUGGCCUGCUAAAGCUCUCUACUUAAGCAAGCAGAAAGAACAAGUUUACAUAUGCUGCUGCAACCAUGGGAUUCGAACUAUGCCUUCCCGGUUACAUGUUGGAAGGAUUCUAUUCACAAAACUCACUGCCCUGCUCUUCAUUUGAUGUUUAUAUUUCCUGAUGUGAGUGGAUAAUGGAUUAUAGUAUUAGUGGUGGCCAUAUAUAACUUGUUACCUGACAUUUAGAUGGAAGAUAGUCUAGAAAGUCUUCAGAAUUCAAAUUAGCAAGC